AUGGAUCCGGCCUCGCUAGAUCCGCGUCUUCGCGACGCCGGCGAGGACUCAAUCGUCGUCCACGACGAGGCGCAGCUGUCCGCCGCCUCCUCCGACGUAUCAGAGUCCCCAUCCCCGCAGCAGCAGCAGCAGCGCCACCAACAGCACCCACAGCACCAACACCAGCACCACCAUCCAUCCCAGACCCCAUCGCUGAACCCUCUCUCCGCGAGCAAUGACACUCCCAACGCCGCCGGCGACGCGCCACUGGACCCCAACGACCCGAAGCGCCCGCGCGCCUGCGAGGCCUGCCGCGGAUUGAAGGUCAAGUGUGAACCCGAUCCAGCCAAUCCGGACGGCCCGUGUAAGCGGUGUACCAAAGCCGGACGAAACUGUGUCGUGACACAGCCCACCAGGAAGCGGCAGAAGAAGACCGACAGUCGGGUCGCCGAGCUGGAGAAGAAGAUCGAUGCCUUGACUGCUAGCCUGCAAGCGACCAGAGAUGGCUCGGCCCAUGCAACACCGUCAGACGAUCAGAAUGCCUAUGGCAACACCUCCUAUGCGAGUAGCUCGCGGGACUGGGGUCCGCCGCCGCCCCCGCCGCGAGACAGCCAGCCGCCAUAUGCUCCCGAACCCGAUAAGCCGUCGUUCCAUGCGACCUUGGUCGCCGCCGGCCACAAGAGGAAGUUCAACGAGACAAGAGAGAGCUCUUCAGACGGCGCCAAAGAAUCGCCGGGAACCCAGCCUUCGACCAUUGGGCGCCAACAAACGGACGCCAUCGAUCGAGGCAUCAUCACCGUGGAUGAUGCUGCCAGGCUCUUCCGGAGGUACACCGAUGAGAUGGCCAUACACCUGCCUGCCGUCGUUUUCCCACGAGGUAGUACCUUCUCGGAUCUUCGAAAGUCGAAACCCAUCCUGUUUCUCACAGUCAUGGCAGUCGCUGCAUCGGAAACACCUGUGGUUCAACGGCAAUUAGUCAGGGAGCUCAUGCAGAUUUUCGCCGAGAAGAUCGUCAUCACGGGCGAGAAGAACUUGGAGAUGGUACAGGCGCUACUUGUCAGCGUGAUUUGGUACUUUCCGCCGGAGCAUUUCGAGGAGCUCAAGUUCUACUCGUUCAUCCAUAUGGCUGCCAUCAUGUCAAUCGAUAUUGGCCUGGGCAGAAAGAAGAACAAUCCAAAAUCUCGACUAAUACCAUAUACAUGGCGUGACCACCCCUUCCGAAAAACCCCUCUUCCUGAUCCUACCACGAUUGAGGCUCGGCGGACGUGGCUCGCCUCCUAUUUCUUAGCUGCCAAUGUGGCCAUGGCUUUACACCGACCCAACUUGAUCAGAUGGCAGGCGUUCAUGAGCGAGUGUAUGGAGAUACUGGAAACAUCCCCUGAAGCUGCCCCCACCGACAGAUACCUCUGUCAUCUUGUUUGGACUCACCGUCUCGCUGAGGAAGUAGGCAUCCAGUUCUCGAUGGAUGAUCCCAGUAUUUUCGUGAACAUUACGGAACAGACAGUCCAGUACGCCUUGCGGGGCUUCGAAAGAGACCUGGCUAAAUACCGUGCCGAUAUACCGAAGGAGGACAGGCAACCGUCGGUUAUUCUCAGCUUCCACGUGUUGAACCUGUACAUGCAUGAGAUCGCGCUGUACGUCGACAAGAACAGUGACGAAUAUCGUGCACCCAUCAAUGCCGAAGCGCUUCACGAUCCGAUCCCCGGACUUGGCGACAACCUCACUGCGGCUCAUAUUGGUGCAUUGUCGUCUUGUUUGACGGCAAUCGAUGGCAUAUUUGAGACCUUCCUCGCUAUGGAUACGCAGGUCAUUCGCUGUCUCCCCAUCUUUAACUUCGUUCGGGUUGCCUAUGCCGUUGUUGUCCUCAUCAAGAUGUACUUCAGUGCGAGCUCACCUAACUCGGAGUUGGGUAAGGUUAUCAACAAAGAUAACAUGAAGGUGUCUGAAUACCUAGACAAGCUGCUUGAGAAGUUCCGCGAUACGGCAGCGUCAGACAAGUCCCGCCCCGCAGGCAAAUUCCUCGUUGUUUUGAUGAUGCUGCGUGGUUGGUUUCACAAGAAGGGUCAGGCUAGAACGCAAGGGAGUGAGCAGGUCGAUCCGGCCCUGCACAUCUCGCCUGGCAAUAAUGGUGCAUUUCGGCCAAAGGGGCAAGAUAGUGUUCCUGCAAGCCAGCAACAGGACCCACGGCAGCAGCAAUAUCAACAGCAAAGUCUACAACACUCUGAUUUUAACCCUGCCAACACACCUCUCCAGCUUCUCUCCGAAAUUGCCACUGGCAAUGGUCCGUCGCGUAAUGACCAGAAUGCGGUCCCGCGAACCACAGAUGCGAACUCGUCGGCGUAUCAAUCAUGGUCGCAGACAACGUCUCAACCUUAUAUGUAUGACCCCACACCCGGCGUUACGGCGACCGGGGCGGAAGCCGUGGCGGGCAUGCCGGGUUUAGGGCAGGGAGCUAUGCCAAUGAUGGACGCCACGUUUGGAGGCGAGAUUGAUUUCAACAGUAUGGGUGACGGGUUUGAGCAGGCCAUGGGGCUGACGCUCAACGGAUUCGGUGGCGGAGGCCCGGGCGAGUCUUACGAGAGCAUGCGUUUGAUGAUGCAGCAGCAGGACGCCUUGCUAACCGGCAUGUUCGAGGACUUCCCCAGUGGGGCUCCUAAUCUGUUCGGAUUCUAG